AUGGAUACAAGAGGCGAAGAAAGUUUUGGUUCACCCGAAAUUUUUACAUUCUUGGAAAGUUUAGACAACAGGGGGGAAAUAAAAGAUCCAAAAAAUGCAAAUAAUUUGGAAAGUUUAAUCAAUCUUGGAAAUGUUAGCAAUUUUGAGAGUUCUAUCGAUAUAGGGAAGAUAGAUAAUCUGGAAACAAAUACCGAUUUUAACUUGAGGGAAGAGGAGGAAAAAAAAUUCAAAUUAAAAUAUCAAGCAAACAGAGAAGACAUCCUAAAAAGAAUUAUAAAAAGCUUAAGAGAAGACUCAUCCAACAGCGAGACAAAUUCCACUCUACAAAAUCACAUAUAUGAGAAGAAGAAGCACCAAGUUAAAUCCAUUAUUACUGUCGACAACUCCAAUGUGGAAAUUUUAAAAAAUAUGAGCACAACAUAUGGCCUUUUAAAGAUAUUUCUUAUAACGUUCUUCGGCGCCCUUCUGUUUUUUGCCUCAAUAAUUUUAAUAAAAUAUGUGUACAAAAAAUGCAAGGCGCAUAUGGAAAAUAGGAUGACAGUAUAUAUAUCAGUAGGGUUAAAAAAAGCUGCAUACGAAUGGCUUCACUAA